AUGUCGUCCCAAUCUUCUCGCCGACUUCUCGCCCGUCUCCAGCAGGACCUAGGAGAGCUGCAGGAUAACCCGUAUCCUGGGGUUGCCGUCUUCACUGAUGAUGCGAACCUACGAAAGCUCUGCCUGGUACUGACGCCGCCCAGUGGACCGUGGAAGGAUUUGUCGUUGCACUUUUCCGUGGGUUUGCCAGAAGAUUGGCCAACAUCACCACCCAACGUUCAGUCAAGUGUCCACGGCAUUCAGCAUCCCAAUCUUUUCGGUAGUUACAUCUGUUGCGACCUCAUCAAGCCACAUUAUGCUUCGUAUGGCGGAUAUACUGGAGGUUACACCCCUGCCCUGACUUUGAGGGGUCUCUUCCUCCAGUUCCUAACGUUCUUCUCGAGUACCAAGGUUGAGCAAGAAUACGGUGGCUAUAUUCACAUCGGAGAGCAUCUUACAACCAUUUAUCGUUGUGAUUCUCCUUUUCCCGACCAGAGAUUCCCGAAAGAAAGUGGCUGCGACCAUCUUUUCUUCUGCCAAUGCGUCAAGGGUCACACCGGCAUGGCGAACAUUUGGGAAAGCAGUUCAGCCCCAGAAGUUGACGUCCCUGUGUCGCAUGGUCAAUUAUUUCACAAAAUCAAGCACCUGGGCGAACAUCAAGCAAUGCACCAGGUUGGACACCUCAAUCCUCGAUGGACCUCCACAUUCGAGUUGAUCUCGAAGUGGUCCUGCAACUGCUGCCCAUAUGGUUCUCCCUCUCUUCCUUACCAUCGACGACCCAGCACAGUAAUUGCUCGGCACAGCGCUCCAAUUCCCUCGACCCUGUCCCUGUCUCCCGCCGAAUGCAGGCUCUCCAUCUUGAACGACGACAUAUUGGCUGAGCUGGCGUCCUACCUUGCGUCGGAGACUGGUGGCGUUGUCCCUCGCCUAUCCGCGCUUCCGCCAAAUUGUCGCCUCGCUCCACCUCCUGCUUCGAAGCGAGCUAAAACACGCUCCCUCUCGUCCGAUUUCGACUGGCUCAGCUUGGAGGCCUUCGAGACGUUCAAGAUCCGCAAAAGCAUACAGAAACGGCCUUUCGAUCAUUUCCUCCCGCUCGCCUUCAAUCGCCUCCACUUCUUGAACUCCAAGGCAGAGAUUUGGAAAUGCCUAGGUGCCAUUGACAAGGCAUUCUGCGACGCCGAAUUCGCGCUCUAUCGGCGGACCAAGCGCAAGCCGACUCGUCGAGCAGGCCCUCCUGCCAAACCCUAUCACACAGUGGAUGUCCUAUAUCGGAUGAUGAACAACAUCGUCGUCUCGCUCAUGCAAUCCUGCGACGGGACGGUGGGAUCGAAGGGAAGGCGAUCGCAGGAACCGAGCCUGCUCUAUGCGUCUGAGAAGGCCGUCGUCUCAUACUGUCUCCUUCUCCACCUCCUCAUGUGCUUGUCCCGCUCGACUCCUGCAAUCCUCACCGAUGCUACGAACAAGCUGCGUGCUUUCGUUGACAACCCAGGUGAACGCUACAAGGCCAAGACUCCGGACAUGGGCGAGUUCAUCAUAGCGGUCAUCCUUGUCCUCGUCAUGCCGCAGGUUGGCACGAAGUGUCCGAUAACCUGGGACGCCAUUCGAGGCAAGUUCCUCGAGGAGGCCAUCACCCGCAACGUCCGUUGGGUGCUCCAGGCGUCGCCCGAGCUGGAGCUGCUUGAGCAAGGUGCCUCCGACUACCGUCUGCAAACCACGUUCGCGAACUCAAAGACGAGUCUCCGGCUCAUCAUGUUCCAAGUGACCUUCCUCAACAUCUUUCUCGAGACGUACGCUUCGGAUAUCACAUUCCUCGAUGACAACUACGGGUUCGCGGACAAGGACCUUCCGGAGCGUAUGGUCAAAGAGAUCAAGGAGAUUUACAAGGUGGAUACGUGGCCGCAGUUCUUUGCGAAGGUUCGGUUUGGGAAGCAAUUGGGUAAAGACGCAUUCUCGGAGAUGCUGAGGAAGGCAGUGCUGGAGAGUGGGAGGCGAAGGUAUCACACUCCUUUAAAAUGUGAUGCUCCUCAUGCGCUAACGUUGAGGCGCAAGAGGGUGGAGAACGACGCAGGCUGGGAGGCGUCAAAGUAUCCUUGA